AUGCAACUUCCCCUUCAAUUUAUCCUCAAGAAGCAUUUUCUUUUCUGGUUCUGGGAGGCCGAUCCUUUGUUGGAAGAACUUAGAAAGUUACCUUUAACGUUGUCGGCUACCCCUCAGCCGUCUGGUGUCUCAAUCAACGGCCAGCUCACAAAGCUGAUUGCCACCGAAGACACUUUCCCCGUCUUCUCCGGUGUCGUCCCUAGUGCUACCUCCUCUGUCGAGUACUCCUACGUCGAGCUCGACGCUACCGGUGCUCCCCUCAAGACCGAGGCCUUUGUACGUAAACUCCAGAAUGUCACUGCGACCCAUACCUAUAACGAGUUCUUUGAACGCCCUACCACAAAAUGGACCCUCCCCCCAGUCCCUUUCACCUACCUCGCUACCUGGCCUUCGUACACCAAGGUCUUUGACGAAGAUGAGAUUGCGACCAUCCACGUCACCGCCGACGCAGCUCAGAUCGCGGUCAUGAACGCCAACCCCGAGCCCCAAAACGGUACCACGGUCGAUGUCCGGGUCACUUUCCGCUGGAUCGAUCACAGCGAUAUCUACACCCAGCACAAUAUCUCUUUCAAGAACUCUGGAAAGUCGUCCAAGGAUUACCAGAAGCAGUCCUACAAGUUCUCCUUCGAUACCGACUACAACCAAACCUUCUUCAGUCGCCCCAACAUCAAGCUGAGGUCUGAGGUGACCGAUCCCACGAUGUUGAGAGAGAAGACGUAUAUUGAUCUGCUGAACUCUGCGGGUGUCCCUACACAGCAGGGGCAGUUUGUGAGAUUGUUUGUGAACAACCAGCCGGUUGGGUUGUAUUUGAUGGUCGAUGAUAUCAAGAAGUCAUUCAUCAAGCAGACUAUCUAUGGUGGCGACGACACCGUCAUCCCCGGCUCCAUGGUCCAGGGGAAUGCACCCUCCCUGACAGCUCAGGCGGACCUGGUCUACAAAGGCCCCACAAACGCCUCCUACGACCCCGCAGCCUACGCAGACGUCGUCCUCGGCAACAACCCCGCCACCGACUCCCUCCAGCAACUCAUCUCCUUCAUGAAGGAUCUCUCCGACUACAACCCCGUCAACAACACCGAUCCCAUCGGCUACUGGAACAACACCCGUCUCGACCUUGACGGAUUCCUCCGCAACAUGGCCAUCGAAUACCUCACGGGUGCCUUCGACAACUACUGGAUGUCCGGUUCAAACUACUUCAUCUACUUCAACCCUAAGCUCGGCACCUCUGGCAAAUGGCAGUGGAUCCCUACGGAUUUCGACGGAACUUUUGGUUCUGGAUACCCUACCAGUACGCAGUCCACUUACCAGACCUAUGCCAACUUCGCGACCAACGACCACCCCCUGGUCUCAAAACUCAUUCUCAAAACCCCCGCCAUCAACGCCCUGUUCGAAAAGACUCUCACGGAACUCAUCCAAACCGUUUACAAGCCCGAGGCAAUAUUCCCCCGUAUUAUGGCCUAUAACCAAAUGCUCCUCGUCGACUACACUUGGGACGUCUCUAUUAACCGUACAGGCCCCGGAAUAGUCAACGGUUACACGGUUGCAGAUUUCAACGAUAAUCUGGUGAACAUUACCAAGGAUAUGGAAUACUCUGUCAAGGGCUGGAUCACGGACAUGUCCAACUCUGUGUCGACGGCGUUGAAAUUUACGAUUCCUGCUGGCGUUGCCAACAGGGUCGAGCCUCCACCCAAGCCUACUAAGAAUGAUGGCAAGACCAAGGGUGGUACUGAUCCGGGUGGCAAAAAGAAUGGUGCUGCUGGUUCUUUUGUUGGUAGUAUGGGACUGGUGGCGGUUAUGGUCGGUGUUGCCUCUUUGGUUUCUCUCUUGCUGUAG